AUGUCUUAUAGAAACCCCAAUGUGGAGAAUCCUCAAGACCAAGUGUAUCCUCCAAGGUAUCCACAACAACAAAGACCUCCUUACCAAUCUCAAGGAAGUCAAUUUCAGCCAAGGCAAGGAUAUGAGCAGAGAUCAUCAUAUCCGCCCAAGGAGCCAUAUGCUUCUUCACCAAAUCAAGCUCCUCCAAACCAACAAGGUGGGAGAUUUGAAGGAAUCCUCCAACAGAUCAUGGAUGGCCAGAAGAGAAACACUAAAGAGAUGUAUGAGAAGAUGGACACUUUGUUCAGCAAUCUCAACACCAAGUAUGAUGCUGUUGCCACUCAUGUGAAGAAACUAGAGACUCAAGUCACUCAAACUAUGGAAGCUGUUAAGAGACAGGAAGCUGAAUCCAAGAAGUCCUUUUGCAACUCAGCCGCCAUAGAAGAAAGAUUUGAAGACCAAGUUCCAGAAUGGAUGCUUUCAAAACCUACUGUUGAUUGCAUGAUUUGGCCUGAAGAGAAUUACCCAGAGAGAGAGUCCAAUCGAGCUAGAAAGAGAAGACUCUUCCCAAAGAUUAUCCCCAAGACAGAUAACUCAGGAAAGUUUGUGUGCCUUGUAUCAUCAAAGAUUGGAAAUUGCUCUAUCCCUACUGAUUUCCAGAUUGUGGAAAUGAGAGAGAGUAGCCAUAGACCUCUCAUAUUUGGAACCCCUUUCCUGUCUACUGUGGGUGCCAUAUUUGAUUUCCCCAAUCAAAGAAUCUCUUUCAACAAGGUGAACAAGGGUAUGUUCUUCCCUAUGUGUUCAACAAAGAACUCUUUUGUUGACAUGGUCCAAGAGGAGAAAGUUACUUUGAAGCCACCCCAAGAAGGAGAAACUGAAGAAACAAUCAAGGAAGAUCCCAUUCCUAAGCCCAAGCAGCUUGCCAAACAAGCAAGGAGUAAGACUAAGGCCCCUACACCAAAACCGCCCAAGGGAUCAACCAAGAUUGAAGAUGAGGCCAAGCCAAGAAGGAAGGUUAGAAAACCUAGGUCUGGCCGCAACAUGAAGCUUCUAUUCCCAAAGGAGCUUAUUGAUGAGAAUCUAGAAGGAUUCAAGGAGAAAGUGACAAGAACUCUAAAGCUUUUUCCUAAGGCAGUAGUGCCAAGGGACAUUCAUGGAGAGAUUGUCUAUCCAGCUGUGAAUCACCCACCAGAUACUCAUUGCAAGGAGAAAAGACUUGGAGGAUCAAAGAUGCCUCUUGUCUCCAUCUUCUCCUGA